UAUGACGUCGGAAGAGGUCGAGCUUUAGCUCCGUCCUUAGGUGUCUGUCAUCCCAUCUUGAUUCUCAUUCAUCAACCUCUUUGGCCUUAAUAGUCAUUGUCAUCAUGAGCUCUGGCCAGCCGAACCUGGGAGGAAAAUCCCUAUCAUCUCCAGCGCCAUACACUCCAAAUUCGCAACCUAUCUCGGUUCCUACCUCAAGCUUUGAAUCCGGUUCUCGUCGAUCCGGCCUGUCGAGUCCGUCGUUCCCGAAUUCAGCUCCGAGAAAAGGUCAAGGGUCAAGGAAACAGCACCGAAACCAACGAAGACCACUAAGAGACGCCGGCAAUCCGGAUGAGGAUGACGCGAUGGCAGAGCUCCGAGCUGUUCGAAACGCUUCGAGUCGUAGAGGGCAAACCUCCAUUACUCACCUCCUAAAUUAUUCAGUCCCGACGCGCAACUAUAAUGAUUACUACCCUAGAUCUAAUCGUCGACAUCCCACUUGGGGCCCUGGUUCUGGUCACCAUGCUGUCGACAAGGCGCGAUUUGUCCAUGCCAACUAUCGCUUCGUAGUUUCACCUACUUCCGACUAUUCUUCCCAAGCUGCCGAUGCCGAUAAAUACCUUGAGUGGUCCGACGUACUUCAAAUCAUAGCUUCCGCCGAAUCCCAAACGACCUCAUGUCCCAUCUGUUUAUCUGAUCCUGUAGCUCCUCGUAUGGCGCGUUGUGGCCACAUAUUCUGCUUGCCCUGUCUACUACGAUUCAUGAAUUCGACAAACGACGACGAACCGAGCAUACGAAAAGAGGCGCGAUGGAAGAAAUGCCCGAUCUGUGAAGACUCGUUCCGACUAUCCGAGGUGAGACCAGUGCGUUUCUAUGCUGGCCAAGAGAACCCACUCCCGAGACCAGGUCAAGACGUGGUCUUGAGGCUAAUGGUGCGCGACACGGGAUCUACACUAGCCCUGCCAAACGAAGGAGGACCGGAUGUUGUCAAUUUAGGAGAAGACGUUCCGUGGCAUUUUGCGGCAAAUGUGUUGGACUACGCCCGGGUAAUGAAGGGAACAACCGAAUAUGUGGUAGAUCAGUACGACAGAGAGAUAGGAGACUUGCGACAACAAGCACAAGAAGAUGAGUUUCAAUUUGGCGUUGAGGAAGGAGACUGGACGCAACGAGCGAUUAGAGCUAUAAACACCGCAAAAGACAAGGUUCAAAACCAACAGACCGACGAGGGAUCGAUGCCGCCAACAAACAUUUCGAAAUCGAAGCAGCCAGAAGCACAAAAGUUUUAUUUCUACACAGCACCUCCGCAUCUCUACCUAUCGCCUCUCGAUAUCCGUAUACUAAAGACGAAAUUUGGCGAUUUUUCAAACUUCCCUUCGACUCUACUUCCACGUGUUGAGCAUAUUUCUGCUGGUCAUGUUGUGGACGACGCUCUAAGAAAGAGGGCUAAGUAUCUAGGACAUCUUCCUCACGGAUGUAUUGUUAGUUUCUUGGAAUGCGACUGGACAGAUAUAGUCCCUGCCGAGAUCCUGGAUACAUUUUCCGGUGAUCUAGAGCGCCGACGAAAGGCCCACCGAGAUAAGGCGGCUCAAGAGGAACGCGAAAGAUUACAGGCAGAACGCUUAGAGGCUUCAGCCAUCGGGCGAAGCACAAGACGACAUUUUGACCAGACCAAUGGGGACAAGUUUGAACCAACGCCCAAUAUGAACGAAGAAGACUUCCAACCACUUGGAGCUGUCGAAGGUACAACUCCGCCAAACCCCCGACCGGGAUUUAGCCAACUUGCGGACAUCUCAACUAGUCCCUCAACUUCUAAAACAGUUUGGGGCACUCGAGCGAUACCUGUUUCACCUGAAUUAGCACCUGUAACGGAACACGAUGUCAAUGACGGAUGGCUGAAAGAUGAUGAGUUUCUUGGUGCUGCUGAAAUGGCUAUGCAAAUGGAAGCUUUAGGUAUCGAUAAUUCAGGUGCCGGGCCCAGUAACGAAUCCAAGACACCCGGCGGCAAAAAGAAGAAAAAACAGAAGAUUACUCUGAUGAGUACUGGAGGCCGCCGUGGUGGUUGAAAUGGAUAUGCAUCGAUCUAAUGGAGGAAUAGUCCUUCUAUUACCUUGUUUAG